GUCGAAACGGCCAAGCCCUUGUUCAUGUAAUAGUUUCCAGGAAAACAUACAUAGACGCGCUUUUCUACGGCCUCAUUAAGCUCGUUAAGGUCGCUUCCUCUUGGGAAUUUCUUCAACAAAAUCACAUUUCCAGUAGAGGGCGGGUCACGAACAGGACAGGUGAGAAAUAUAGCGCUUAUCUGCGAGGAGUGUUCAUUCAUUUAGGCAGCGCUAGAGAGAGAAGAUGGGCAACUGGAUUAUCAAUCACGGGCUCAGCGCCUUCAUCUUGGUGGUGUGGAUGGGCAUCAACAUCUUUCUGUUUGUCUACUACUACUUAUUCUAUGACCAGGGACCUCAAUUUGAGUACACUCGUGAACUUUUAGGGUCUGCAUUACCUUGGGCCAGAGCUCCAGCUGCUGUACUUAACUUCAACUGCAUGCUGAUACUGUUGCCAGUGUGUCGAAACCUGCUAUCUCUGCUCCGUGGCUCCUUCAUAUGCUGUGGCCGUACAAUGAGGAAACAGCUGGACAAAAAUCUGACUUUCCAUAAGUUGGUUGCUUACAUGAUUGCCCUUAUGACAGCGGUUCACACUGUCGCUCAUUUGCUUAAUGCGGAGUGGUACACAAACAGUUUCCAAGGUCAAUACGGGCCUCUCGCUGGUAAUCUGUCCAUGCUUGAUGACUCCAGUGAAUUAAAAACCACUUACCUAAAUCCCGUUCGCUCCAAUUCUACGACUCCAACGCUUCUCGUAUUCACCACUAUUGCGGGUCUCACAGGAGUCGUCAUAACUCUUGCCCUCAUCCUGAUGAUCACUUCAUCAAUGGAAGUCAUUCGCAGAAGCUAUUAUGAGGUCUUUUGGUACACGCAUCACCUUUUCAUCAUUUUCUUUGCUGGCUUAGUUUUCCAUGGUGCAGGACGCAUUGUGCGAAGUCAGCAAGUGACCGAUCCACCUCACAAUACUUCCUUCUGCGAAGAUCAGCCAGAGAACUGGGGGAAAAAUCCUGAAUGUCCAAUUCCACAGUUUGCAGGAGGGUUUCCUCAGACCUGGAUGUGGGUAAUUGGACCAAUGAUAAUUUAUCUAUGUGAGCGGCUGCUUCGUUUCAUUCGCUACAUGCAGCCUGUCAGUUAUAGGAAGAUUGUAAUCCGCCCAUCCAAGGUGUUGGAACUACAGCUGGUGAAGCCUGGAUUCAAGAUGGCAGUCGGUCAGUAUGUGUUCCUCAAUUGUCCAGCCAUCUCUCAGCUUGAGUGGCAUCCAUUUACCAUGACAUCAGCCCCAGAAGAGGACUUCUUUAGUGUACACAUCCGCUCAGUCGGAGACUGGACUGAAGAUCUUAUCAAGAUGGUCGAAAACCUACCAGAGGGUGGUCAAGGGCCUAAGAUGGCUGUGGAUGGCCCUUUUGGAACUGCGAGUGAGGAUGUAUUUGAUUACGAGGUCAGCAUGUUGGUGGGUGCUGGAAUUGGAGUGACCCCAUUUGCCUCUAUCCUGAAGUCCAUCUGGUACAAGUUUAAAGACUCUGACCCCAAACUACGGACAAAGAGGAUUUACUUCUACUGGCUGUGUAGAGAGACAUACGCCUUUGAGUGGUUUGCAGAUCUCCUACAGGUCCUUGAGAAAGAAAUGGAGGAACGAGGAAUGAGGGACUUCCUCACAUAUAAACUCUACCUCACCGGAUGGGACCAGAGUCAUGUAAACCAUGCAAUGGUGCAUUUCGAUAAAGAUACAGAUAUCAUCACCGGUCUAAAACAGAAGACUAGUUAUGGCCGACCGAACUGGGAUAAAGAAUUUGAACAAGUUAGGCAAGAGAACCCUUCGUCUGUGGUUGGAACUUUCUUGUGUGGCCCGCAAGCCUUAGCGAAGGACCUGGAGAAGAAAUGUGUGAAAUACUCAGAAGUGGAUCCACGGAAAACCAAGUUUUACUUCAACAAAGAGAACUUCUGAGGAAAGUUUUCACAGGAAACCUAAUUCUCUUGAAGGCGCUGUGCACUAGGGAUCGUGCACUUCAGCAGUAUCAUGAUUUGCCAUUUUUCUAAAUCUAAAUGAUUCUGCAUUACUUGUGAAAAUGAGAAAAAAAUACACCCUUCUUCCUGGAAAGUGAACAAAUUGCUGGAAGUCUGAAAAAAAGUCCACUUAUUGUAUUUUUUGGCUUUCCAAGUUCCUGGUUUAGAAAUGAAUCACCAAGAAUCAAGGAAAUCAGACAUACACCGGAAUGUAUUGUGUUUUUAUAAGUACCUCCUUAUGUAAACAAGUGCACAGCUCUAAAAUUAGCAUGGCAAGAAGUUACUGAAAUGGAUUUCAGAAUUUCACCUCCUAGUAACAGGUGAAAAAGGAAAAGAUCUCCUUUAAAACACACAUAUUAUCUGAUCUAACAUGUCACAUAUGGUUAGUCACUGGUUUUGUAACCUUUAAACAAUCAAACUAACUUUAUCAUCCAAUAUAUAAAUUGUUAAUACUGUACAUUAUAUAUCAUGUCUUUUCUAAACUGUAUUUAUCAAUAAAUUAUG